GUCUUUGUACUUCUAUGGCAAUGACUCAAAAGGAUAGGAAUACAAGGAUCGCUCAAAAGAGUUUUGAAAUGGUCGAUAAGGUGUACGGUAAGUCCCAAAAAAUAACCUCACCACCACAUGUUCUUAGAGACGAGUUCGCUUCUCGUUUUAACCAAAAUUCUUACGAAUAUGGUGGUCCAAAAAUUUAUACCUUCAAAGAGGCGACUAGUACUACUAGUUGCCACCGAGUCAUGUAUAAGUAUUCAAACGAGUCAGCUAUAAAAGAACCCGUUGUCUCUCACCCCGUGGAACAUAUUCAAUACUUUGGCGGCGCCCGUCCUUUUAUCGGCCAUGCUAACCGGUUUGAGAGGCCGAAAGGACGGGCUAUUAGCUGCGACGAGGCGGUCCGACUCUAUGGAGGGGUGCUUAUUAAGGAAUUUCGUAAUUAAGCGGGGCAAAACUCAACUUAUGUCCUUUAACGACAAAGUAAAUCAAGUUAUGUCGAAGAUUCAGUGUGAGUUUGUAAGUAAGUGUGAUAUAUUUUGUUUCUGUUUUCGGAAAAAUGUGCAGAUCAACUCAUAUGCUAAAGCCUGUUGUAGUGGUGUUCACUUAAAAUAAGCUUUAGUACACUACCAAGUGUUUGUAUCUGUUAUGUAUCUACAAGUAAGCUGAUAAAGCUUAUGUAAUGUAAAGUGUUACGGUAAAA